UGAGGUUGACUUGAUCAUUGCUUGCAGAGAGAGUGAAACCUUUUCAUCAUGACUGAUCUUCACAGCUGGUUAUUUGCAUCCUGGAUUCUCUGUUAUCUCACAGUUUCUCAAUGCAGGGACGUCAUUGUGCAGAGUUUCGAGGGCGAGAGUGUCAUUUUGCCAUGCAAAUAUGACAGCAAAUAUCACGGAAAAUGUCACAUAUGCUGGAUGCGGGGAGACAUUCCUAAUAUGGGUUGUGGUAAUGAAAUUAUUGGAAGUGAUGGAGAUAAAGUGGUGAGACAAAAAUCAUCCAGAUACCAGCUAAUGGGAGAAAUACAGCACGGAGACGUGUCUCUGACAAUCCAAAACAUUAAAAAAACAGACUCUGGCAAAUACGGAUGCCGCAUACAUGUGCCUGGACUCUUUAAUGAUGAGAUGUACUACGUCCACUUGAUUGUUAAUAACGCACUUAUUCCAACACUGGAAACUACAUCCAUGUCAAGCAGCACAUCUGAGCAUGAAACCACAGGAGUUUUCAGCACUGCCAUGACAGAGGCACCUGGUCCAACCACACCAGAGCCUUUGUUAACCACUAUUUCUGGGCAUAUAACCUCUGAAACACAGACCACUGAAACUUCAGGAGUAGAAACGAACACGACACAAGAGAGUUCUACAUCCGUCAGUUCAACAAAUGCUCCCGAGACAAGCACUGCUGAACUGUGGUCCUCCGGCACGACACACGAAGACAUUCCAUUUGAUUAUCGUGAAUCAUCCUCUGUGGAAAACAAAGAGAGCGUAAAUGCAUCUGCAGUGAUUGUGCCUGUUCUCCUGUUACUGUUGUCUUUGAUAGUCAUUGCUGUUAUUCUGAUAUUGAAGCAAAAGAAGAAAACCAGAGCUGCGGGAGACAUAACACAGAACUCAGACAACUCUGUCAUCUACAGUAACUCCGGCAGCAGUGUGGGCCUGUACAACAGAGAGAUGGCUGUGGAAAACGUCUAUCAAAUACAACCUGAAAAUGAAUAUGAACAGUGGCAUUAAUUCACAUUUACUGUUUACCUUUAAGCUGAUCAGUGUGGACUUUUUAUCUUCUGUCGUAUUUGCACUGUGUUUGUAAAAAUGUGACAGCUAUUGCUGAUCAGAAAAAAAAUGAUGCUCUGGACUAACCUUAUACUUUGACGUCUAGCAGCUAACAUACUGCAACACUAUAUCUUAUUAAAACUAAUAUAAGUUAACUGAU